UCCGUUUGGCAGAUACCCUCGAGGAACACGUGGAACAUGUUUGAGAGACCGUGUAGGUGUUACCUGAGGUUGCACGCUUUCCAGAAUGGCCCACGUUGCGGCAGACGACAGUCGGGGUCCUUGCGUGUCUCUGUUGGAUGUCCCUCGUGAGAUUCUCGUUGCCAUCUUCGAAUACCUCGACGUCGAGAGCCUGAGCCGCUUGGCACGGACUUGUCGGACGCUGAGAGAUGUCGCGUCGUCGGACGUGGUGUGGCGUGGACGCGCGCCCCUGCUCGUCUCGCUUAUCUCUUCCUUCAAUCGGCGGUGGAUCCAGAGGUCCAGACGUAGACUCGGUGGGAAGGACCUGGCUCGACUCUGUCAGCACUGGGAAUGGGGGAGAUGCUCCGUCCGCCUCGUCAUCCCUUUCCCUACCAAGUUCGAAGAGUUCUCGGUAUAUGCCCUGGUUGUGCAUCUCUCAAGAGAGAUUAUGGAUAAGCAAAGGCUGCAACAUAAUCUGUUACCACCGUUCUCGGAUCGACAGUGGGGCGUCGUCGUCUUCCCCGAAGCCCCUUUACAUCCUGAAGGGACACAUCGAGGACAUUGCUCGCUUCGUCCAUCGGGAUCGGCUCAUCCUCAGCGGCGGGAGGUCCGACCGGACGGAGGCAUCUGCGGGUGGGAGGCAGACACGGGUCGUUUCGUCUUCUCUCGCCACUUCGCCCACAAUCUGGACGUUCAGUCGGUGGAUCUCCGGCGACAGACCCUCGUCUCCGGGGGCAAAGGCAAAAUCCUCAAGGUGUGGAACCUGAACGGGGUGCACCUGCACGUGCGGCAGAGCCUGGACCUGAGGGAUCGCAUCUGGAAGUGUCUCUUGGACGAGACGGGGGAGAAGUGCGCCUUGGGGUUGGCUUGCACGCACUCGCCGCAUCCUCUCGUUCUCGUCGACACGAACCGGGGGGAAGUGGCAUGGCAGGAGGAGAGUCUGGAGUCUCGUCGCGGUGCCGGGAUUCUGGACAUAGUCUGGGAAGACCCCCACACCCUCCUCUCCUGCGGCUACGACUCCACCGUCCGCCUCACCGAUCUCAGGGUGGGAGGUCACGUGUCGGUGUGGGAGGAUCCGUUCGACUCGGCGCUCUUCUCCCUGGAUUCAAGUCGAGCGAAUCUCUUCGUGACCGGCGCUGCCUUGAACGGGAUCGUCCGGGUCUGGGACAAGCGCUCCUCGAAGCAUCUCCAGAUGUUUUACAUGCCGAGCCGUCACUCGACACCGGUGUACAGCGUGGCUUGCGACCCCACCGUCGUCUAUGCUGCAAUCGACCAGGGUCUGUGUCUGCUGGACUUCUACCAACACUUCUGAGGAGACGAAACAAAUGUGCUAUUCUGUGAUGCUUCUCAUUUUCUCUGGAAGGAUUCUCUCCAAAGAUGCAAAUAAUAAAAAAAACGAUGCUUCUCGAA